CGUGCCCAUCGCAUCCUCAUAAAGAUUGCACAAGCAUUGCUGUCCAAACUCUAGACAAAUCUGCAGGCUGAGCGUACAGAUCUAAGAACCUGCAGCAUGUAUUAAAUAAUCAAGCUGCCAUACCCUCUUUCGUCCGCGGACUCGGACUUGGCCCCAUCUCGAAACCUACAUUUUGUUCCCUUCCUUCUUCGUCCAUACCAUUAGGAUCAGAUGUCCCAAAUACAGUUGGAUACGCCUGUUUGAGAUAUAUCUUCUUUAUUUCAAUAGAGUUUCCAAGUAUUGUGCCCAAAGACAGCCGCCCCUCAAUAAAAAGUCAAAUGAUUUAAGCUCUUGAAAGCUAGACAUACCUCGUUCCCAGGAGAUCCUACUUAUAGAAUGCGUUGAUAUUAAUAUCAAGAUAAUGUUCCCGUGGAGCUGUCGGAGGGGCGGACAUGAGGUUUUAUUCAACACUGGGAUCAGUAAACGAUAGCGCAAAGUGUUGAUGACACACAAAAUGCACAGUCAUGGAAUCAAUGCACUGAUGGUACUUGUCGAGAGAUCUGACUUUUCGCAUGAUCUACAACGAUAAAAAUGCCCUCCCCAUCGCCCCGACUGCAACCUGAACAGAAUGAUGUUCCGUCUUUUGCAAGCGCCCCGAACUUGGGCAUCACUCUGAGAGAUGCCCCUGGCACCAUGCCCGCGUUCUCCUCAUUUCCCUCGUUGGGCAUGGCGGUUUCUUCGUUCCCGUCAUUCUCUUCGGGCCCUGACGUUUCUGUCGAGCGGACAUCCCGAACCACAGAACCGUCACAGCACGAGCAUCGUACUUAUACCUCUUCUGAAUCAGACGACUCGCUUGACGAGCGAAAUAAGAAUCGCGACCACGGGCGGGAGACUAGAAAGAAACGGAAGCGGAGUCACAGUCGCACCCGACACUCUUCCAAUGACCGAGACCGCGAUAGGAAAGAUAAGAAAAAGAAGAAAAAUAAGAAGAGUUCUGGAGCGAACGCUGAAUUGACCUUUGACAAAAGCCGAAAGGGCCAUGGAAUCGUAGAAACCAAAGACUUCUACUUAGACCGGAGGGGCGAUAAAGGAAACAUAGCCUUGGAAAAAUCCAAUCGAUACUCUGAGCCAACUUAUAAACGAUGGGGAGAUCAUGUGUUGGGGUGCCCUGAUUGGUUGAUUGACGACAAGGCAAGCAGAAAAAGCAAGUAUAUGACUUUGCGUAAACAGAGGUUCAAUGAUAGUUUACGUGGAUUCGGGAAAAUACGAUACGAAGACUUUCGACGUUCGCUCCGAAAAGAGCCUGUCACCCUAGAAAGAUUACUGGCUGAUGUGGUCACGACAGAUGAUACUGGAAAUGAUUCGACUUUCAUCGCCUUUCCGAGUGCUGUCAAUGACGAGCCAUCUAAGAACGUCGGUAAAAUCGAUACGCCACAUGAGAACCCAGAGUUUGUUCGGAAGACCGCCGAUUUCAACAAACGAUUACAGGAGGAACCACAUAAUCUGUCGCUUUGGUUGAACUUCAUUGCGCUUCAAGAUGAGCUUGCGAAGGAUCAGCAAGAGAAGAGCAAGCUGCGCGCUGCGAUAAGCGAGAAAAAGCAAAGCAUUUAUGAGAAGGCAUUGAAGGAGUUUCCAGAUAAUGAAGAUUUGCUAUCUGGAUAUAUGACCACCUGUCAAGAAACAUGGGAAGCGACAAAGCUUUUGACAAAGUGGGAUCGCAUCCUCAAACGAAACACGAGCUCCAUCAAGCUAUGGAAACAGUAUCUGGACUUUCGGCAGACAAACUACAGCACCUUCAAUGUUGCAGGCUGUAUCGAGUUAUAUGAGAACUGCAUUCAUAUUUUGAUGCGGGAUACUUCAACAGCCGUAGCGCGCAGGGAGGAGAUUAUGCUUCACAUAUUCACAAGAGCCUGCUUUCUAUUGGGCCAAUCGGGCUUUAUGGAAAGAGCGGUUGCACUUUUCCAAGCAAUGAUUGAAUUUACCGGAUUCUGUCCUCCGGCCUUCACUAAUCAAACGUUUGUGGAACGAUUGGCAAUGUUCGGAGCAUUUUGGGAGAGUGAGAUGCCAAGGAUUGGUGAAGAGGGCGCAGAAGGUUGGUCUGCAAGCUUGCUCAAAGAGGCUCAGCUGUUACCACCACCUCCUUCUGAAGAAGACGCCGCGAGCACCAAGAUGGGUGAAGAUGAUUUUGAAAGUUGGCUUAAUUCUGAAACCCAAGAGGAAUAUCUUCAUUGGCAGCCCUCCAGGUCGACGGAAGACGAAGAGCUGGAUGAUCCGUAUCGAGCCGUCCUCUUCGAAGACAUCUCUUCGCUAAUGUUCGACAUCACUUUGGAAAACACCAGAAGACAAUUAAUCUACAAUUUCUUGCAAUUCUUGUCGGUGCCUGUUAAUGGCGGUAUAUCCUCCAAUCACAUAUUCUUCCAGGAAUCAUUCCUGCAUGCGGAAUUUGCCAAUCCCGUGCAGUCGGCACGAUUUUGGCCUUCUACGUCUCUUCCUAAAAUCGAUACAAACAGCCCAUCCGAUUCUGCCAGCACGGAGUCAAACUGUGGAAUCUUUCGUGUUCCCCUAGCCGUCUUUCCGCAAACAAUGGAUACGCUAUUUGGUGGAGAUCACUGGUUCCGUGUCUGGGGCAGUGAAGAGGCCGAUACGGUUAGACGUAUAGGCGUUGGGAGGCACCAGUUCAUCAGAAAUGUUUUGCAACAGGCUCAGACAAUUUCACCACCAGAUCCGCAUCUGAUGCCUUUGCUCCUGAUACUGGAAAGUGGCUUUAACCUGAAAAGUGCACAGAAAUCAGCCAAAGUACUCUUGAAAACGGAACGAAUGAAUCUGUCAUUAUGGAACACGUAUGCUCAGAUUGAAGUAUCAAGGGGUCAUUUGUCCGAGGCGCGGAAGGUUUAUAUGACCGCGUUGAUGUCAUAUCAAAGCUUUCCGAAGCAACAGCAGCUCGAUGCUCCCCACUUGUAUCGGAUGCUGGCGGACUUGGAGUUUGAGGCCAGGCGGCCAGAAAGGGCGCUUCGCAUCUUGGCUGCAUUUGGAGCAGAGGAAGCAAUACCUGGAGAGGACGGCGAAGUGAGCCUGGCCCCGACAACGCUCUUGCGAGCACGAAAGGGGUAUUCCCAGCGCCUGGAGGUCCUGAUCUCGACAGCUAAUCCGGCUGUCCUGGAUACUACGGCGUACUCUCUAUUGACCAUUCUGACUUGCUAUGGUCUUAUGGAAUAUCUCAGUCAAGGAUUGGAAGAAGCACAGCGGCUCUACCAACAAGUCCUGGAAACAUUUCGACAGAACAUCCAUGAGGGGGAAACUGCAACAGUAUUGGAGGAGGCCGUCUAUGAAGGAUAUGUCCGAUUACUUUAUCGGCAUUCAGUUUCUGGUUCUGCUUUCAAACCAGGGAUUCUCAGAGGCGUGCUGGAAACGGCUCUCGACAAAUUUCCUUGCAAUACAAUAUUCCUCUCGCUUUACGGAUGGAACGAGGCAAGGACCAAGAUCGAUAAUCGGGUUCGAAGAUUAUUGGACGAACAAUUAGCAAGGAACCCUUCGCACAUCCUCUGGACUUUUGCCAUAUGGGCGGAGCUCCAUCAAAGACAGACAUAUAACGUCCACCUCGUUCGAUCGCUCUUUGAGAGGGCCCUAGAUUGUCCAAGCUCAAGGCAUUCGGUCUCGCUGUGGCAAUUGUACAUACAAUUUGAAGUCCGUGAAGGCAAUAGAGACAAGGCGAAAGCGCUUUUCUUCCGUGCCAUCCGAGAAUGUCCUUGGUGUAAAGAUCUAUAUAUGUUACCCUUUCGGCUGUUGCGGGACGUGUUUGAUGAUGACGAGCUGACAGAGGUCAUUACUCUCAUGGAAGAAAAGGAGCUCCGGGCGCGGCGAACAUUCUCAGUAUAGUAAAAUCCCAAUGAGGAAUACUUUCGUAGCAAAUGCACGGGCGUCCAAGUGAUGAGACACUAAAGUUUCGAUUCUAAUUGUGUUGAGUUUAUAAUUCUUUAUUCCCCCGCCCCGCUGGUCCAUCUGCGCAAUCCAGUGUGACUUCAAUCAUCAUAACCGGCG